AUGGGGGCUGCAGUGCAGCGUCCAGCUCUCCUGCUGCUCUCAAUACUUCUGCCUCUGACUAAGACCAAGACCCACAGUGGCGCUGGGUCACACUCGAUGCGGUAUUUCGUAACCACGACUGCGUCUCCAACUGGUCUCCAAGGUCUCAAAGUCUUCGCCGUUAGCUACGUGGACGACACGCAAAUCCUGCGCUUCGAAAGUGACGUGGCUACUAAGUUGGAGCCGCGCGUGCCAUGGGCGAAGGAGAUGGGGAGGGAUUAUUGGGAGGGGGAGAGAAUAAGUCUGGAGAGUUACUCCCAGUUGGCCCGAGAAAACGUGCGAUUUGCACUCCGGAUCUAUAACCAGAGCAAUGACGACCGACUCUUCCUCCGCGGGCACUAUAGACAUGCCUUUGAUGGCCGUGAUUACAUUAGCCUGAACGAGGACAUGAGAACUUGGACUGUGGCUGACAAGACGGCUCAGAUCGCCCAGCGAAGGUGGGAGGAAAAAAAGAUAGCAGAGGAAACAAGGCUCAUCUUGGAGGGCCGGUGUGUUGCAUGGCUGCUCAGACACCUGGAGAUAGGGAAGGAGAUUCUGCAGCGCUCAGACCCUCCAGAGGCACAUGUAACUUAUCAACCCAGACCUGAAGGUGGUGUCACCUUAAGAUGCUGGGCUCUGGGAUUCUACCCAGCUGAGAUAACCUUGACCUGGGAGAGGAAUGGGGAAGACCAGACCCAGGACAUGGAGGUGAUAGAGACCAGGCCUGCAGGAGAUGGAACCUUCCAGAAGUGGGCAGCUGUGGUAGUACCUUAUGGACAGGAGCAGAGAUACACAUGUCAUGUGCAACAUGAAGGGCUGCCUGAGCCCCUCACCCUGAGAUGGGAGCCACCACCUCCUUGGCCCACAAUUGGAGUGACUGUUGGUGUGGUUCUUCUUGGAGUUGUGGUCACUGGAGCUGUGGCUGCCAUUGUGAUCAUGAGGAAGAAAAGUUCAGCAUCUCACACUGUGUCCCAGGCUGGCUUGGGAAUCACUAUGUAG